CGCCCGCUCCCCGGCAGGCGCGUCUCCGGGCUGGGCCUCGGUCCCCGGCCGUGCGAAGGCCGGGAUGCCCGGCUCCUGCCCCGGGGCCUCAGCAUGGACACCAGGCGGGUGGAGAUUCCCGGCGGCGUCCUGGACGAUCUGUGCAGCCGGUUUAUUUUGCAUAUUCCCAGUGAGGAAAGAGACAAUGCAAUUCGAGUGUGUUUUCAGAUUGAACUUGCCCAUUGGUUUUACUUGGAUUUUUACAUGCAGAACACACCAGGAUUACCUCAGUGUGGGAUAAGAGACUUCGCCAAAGCUGUCUUCAAUCAUUGUCCUUUUUUGCUGCCACAAGGUGAAGACGUGGAGAAAGUUUUGGAUGAGUGGAAGGAAUAUAAGAUGGGAGUGCCAACAUACGGGGCAAUCAUCCUCGAUGAGACACUGGAAAAUGUCCUGCUGGUUCAGGGGUACUUAGCAAAAUCAGGCUGGGGCUUUCCCAAGGGGAAAGUGAACAAAGAAGAAGCUCCCCACGACUGUGCUGCUAGAGAGGUCUUUGAAGAAACUGGAUUUGAUAUCAAAGACUAUAUUUGUAAGGAUGAUUACAUUGAACUUCGAAUUAAUGACCAGCUUGCUCGUUUGUACAUCAUUCCAGGAAUUCCCAAAGACACAAAAUUUAACCCAAAAACCAGAAGAGAGAUUCGGAACAUUGAGUGGUUCUCCAUUGAGAAGUUGCCCUGUCACAGAAAUGAUAUGACUCCCAAGUCUAAACUGGGCUUGGCACCCAACAAAUUUUUCAUGGCCAUCCCCUUUAUCCGACCACUAAGGGACUGGCUGUCUCGGAGAUUUGGAGAUUCCUCAGACAGCGACAACGGGUUUUCCUCAGCUGGAAGCACACCAGCUAAACCCACUGUGGAAAAACUGAGUCGAACAAAAUUCCGCCAUAGCCAGCAGUUAUUCCCGGAGGGAUCUCCUGGUGACCAGUGGGUGAAGCACAGGCCACCGCCGCAGAAGCCAUUCAGCAGCCAUGCGGAGGUGGCUGACCUUCUGAAAGCCAAGAAUCAAAAUGUGAGAGGAAAUGGCAGAAAACAGUAUCAAGACUCACCUAAUCACAAGAAAAGACCAAAUGGAGUCCAUAGUCAAACAGCAAAGCAACAGAAUCCCCUGAUGAAAUGUGAAAAGAAACUGCAUCCACGAAAACUUGAGGAUAACUUUGAAGCAGAUGCUGCCUGUGACUCGCCUUGUUCCAGCGAGGACCCGUUGCCAGAGCGUGCAGAAGGACACACUGUGGCCUGUAAUGGACAUUGCAAGCUCCCCUUUUCAUCUAGAACCUUCUUGAGUUUCAAGUUUGAUCAUAAUGCUAUCAUGAAAAAUUUGGACCUUUGAUAGCAACAAGCGUAUUGCAGAAGUCCCAAGACCAGAAGAGACCUGCUGCAUUUAGCGGGUGUCAUGCAAGCCUUACCUUUCUCAGGUAUUUUAAAGAAAUGCAGGGAGGCGAUGUUUCUGAAGAGAUUCUCUGUCCAGAAGAGAGAGUAGAGAGAAACACAAAUCUGCACUGUAAAUGCAGUUAGAACUUUUUACACAUAUUACCUUUCAGUGUUUGGAACCAGGUUUAAUUAAGUUGCUUUCUUUCUGUUUUUGGAGGGCAUUUAUUCUGUGUGACUGUGGGUCUUACUUUGUAUUUGGUCAAGAAAAUAAUAUUUUGAGUCUUUAACAGGCAGCCAGGUCAGUGGGGACACAUCACCUCCCCUCACAGUGGUUGCUACAAGCUUAUUCACUGAAAUUUUAGCGAGAAACUCAGAGCACCCGAUUGUGAAUGAACAUGAGCUGAAACGUCACCCCAGGAUCACAGGUCAUCUGUUUAGUGGCCCUUUGCCCGUGCUUUUGCUUCCAACCACUGAGGCUCACCUGUCCUCCUCUGUGUGUGGAGGUUUGCUAGUCCGCUUAGAGCCAGCACCCACAGAGAUAAUCAUGUGCAAAGGCAGCUGGCCAGCAUGUGCUAAGGACAAGUUCACAGCCUGGGGAGGGAGUGGAGGCUGCAAUUCUGGGCUGUGUUGUUUACUCAUAGCCUUUGGGUGCUGGAGCCAAGCACAUGAAGGCUGACUGUCCUUAUUGCACUGACUCCAUAGCAAAUGUCGUGCGGGGCUUUUGCUCAUGGGAAAUCUUAGGUAUUCCAGCUGUGUAAAGAAGUAUGGAAAAUGGACAUUUUAAGUGUUGCAUUGCAUCUCAGUGUCAAUCUACAAACCCUGGUGUUACGUUAGGGCUCAGUGUUCAGCAGUAGUGGAGGGAAGUGCUGAAGCUGCUGGAUAUAUGGAGUCAGACCAGAAGCAGGGAGGCAGUUCACCCAGUAUCAGUAAAGCUGUUUGCUGGGGAGGAUCAGAGCUGGAGAGUCACCAACAGAGCUCACUCCUAGGAAUGGACAUGGGUCCUUCUGGAUUCUCAAAUCCAGAUAUGGACGGCACUGCUCAUCUUAUGAAGGGUCACAUGUAAUUAAGGACAAUCACCAGAGCUUUGAGUGGGCCAUACUGUGUGGGCUGCAUCUGCCCUUGCUGGGAACACUUCUUGGGGUGGGGUGGGGAAGUGUUGGAUGUCUGUGCGCAUGUGCAUCUGUUGUGUGGGUUAAAAACUUUUGUUUUUGCAAGUGGUAUCCACAAAAUCUAUCUCUGCUAAUAAGUGUUACUGUAGAAAUCUUGGUUCUGUAUAUGUAGUUUAUUUAAUAGGGGUUCUGCUUAACCCCACGGGACUUUCAAAAGAAGGGCUGUUGUAAAAAAGAACUCUGUUUUGCUACUUUGCUUUAGCUCUUAAAUGGCUGUUUUUAAAGGAGAAAUUCUAUUUAUUAAUCAAAGUGUCACUUGGUGCUAAGCAGAAGGAUUCACAGUUGCAGCAGUAUGUGUAGAAUUAGGUUGUCCGGAAUUCUGUAUCUUAAUGUGACUAAUUUGUGGAUCCUGUGACCUUUGUUUUUUAAUGCAUAUGAUUGUGUCUGGGAGCCCAUACUGCUCUGUUGAGAAACAUGGCUGCUUUGCUUGGGUCUCCUUGAGCCAUACAUAUUUAUAGCUGGUCCCAGCAUUCCGAAAAUUCUGUUAAUGGUGAAGGUAGUGAAACUGAGUUUGCCAAGCAGAUGAGUCAUUUUCACUCGUUUACUGUUGUCUGGAAACCAUUUAAUUUUAAGUGUGUGUGUGUGUGUGUGUGUGUGUGUGUGUGUGUGUGUGUGUGUGAGAGAGAGAGAGAGAGAGAGAGAGAGAUUCUUUUUAAAUGAGUGCUUUGGUCAGCCUUUCUGGUGCCUAUGGAGUUAGAUUUCCCAGCUCUCAAAUUUUCAGCAAGAGAUUAGAAAUAGUUACCAGAAGUUGGCCUCUAGGGUAGUUGACUUUAAGAACCAGCAAAUGACUUUUUUAAUGAUAACAGCUCCUGCGUUGUGCUUCUGUGGAGAAGAGGAACAAAAUGAGGGUGUGGCUGGGGCGCAGUCAUGAUAACCUUAGACUUAUGGCUUUUAGCUCUUUACAGUAUGAGGUGGGAAAAAAAGUAAGAUGAAUUAAGGUUUAUAUGUAUGAUGUGACUUAACUAUGCAGAAAAUGUUGACGCUGGUUGCACCUUUGCUGGUGUUCAGGUGUCUGAGUUGAGCCAUGCACGGCACAGCACAGGACUCAGUUUGCCCUGGAGCCACAUGGAGCGUGGUGAGAAGAAAUGGACAGUAAGGAAGUGUGCUGGCUCUGCAAUAACUUGCACUCAGUGCUACACUGUGAAAAGCUGGAUGGGAGCAGCAGUGUGCUGGCUGUCUUGCUUUAGUGUGCUUGAGAGAGAUCUUUGGGUUCACUUUUUAAAUGUUCUUGUGUUCCAGCCAUAUGUGUUCCAAGGCACGGUGCACUGUGAAUCUUUUUUAUUAUUUUAAUUUUGUAGGUGCUUUUAUGUGUAACUUCAGUGAUUUGUAGGAUUUUAAAUGAAUUUUUGCUUAACCAUCAUAAUCCAAAAGAAAAGGGUACGGUUUACAUGCUUUUCAUGUUUUUGUUAAGGUAUAGCAAAUGACUUUGGCACUUAAAACAGCACUCCCUUCCUGAGACUUGAGCAUGUGGGGAAGUGUGAAAACCUUCAAAGAUCCUGUUAGCAUGGGUGAAACACAUUGGGAAGGCAAAAUCAGUUUUGACAUUGAUCCAGCAAAGAUCAUGUCUCCCCACGCUGUCACAGGGAUGGUGGUCAGAGCACUGAAGCUUGUUAUUUUUGUAUUGAAUAGUAGCUAGUAAGAACAUGCAAAUGGGGACAGCAGAGUAAGGCUGUGCUGUAAAGCUAGGCUUGCUUCUCGUGAAGGCUUUAGUAAUUUGUGUAUAAUUUAAAACAAAAAAAAUAUCCAAACUCUGUGUUCUCUGAAAAAAAGUUGAGGUCUGUGUACAUUAUAAACAUUUCAUUACCUUUCCCUCGCUUACUAUUCCCUAUGUAAGUCCAGUGUUAGCCUCAACAGUCAGGAGAGCAAACUGAAUUCUAAAACCCAGAGUUCACUUCCUGCCAAGUUGUUUUUCUCACGAAAGGCCUCCCGGCUCAGAGGUCUCAAGUAACACCUGCUGCACCCGCCGUCUCUGGGGUGUUUGCGUCGGUCCCAGUGGUCCUCAGUGACACUGUUCCUCAGCUGGGGGCAAGGGUACAUAUGUAUUAUUGUCAUUUGACAUUAUAAACAAGGCCAACCAUUAUCAUUUCUGAAAGUAUACUUCACAUUUAGGUGUAUUAGUAAAAGAAUAAUUCAGUUACAUUGUUUCUGACAGCUAGGUACAGUUUGUGCUAUUUCUCAUUUCGUGUCCUAAAACCCUGCAAGUCCAUACGUGUCGUCACGAUGCGCUGUCAGCAGCCAGUUUUCUUCCUAGAAUUGAGUCACUCUUGAACUUCAAGUGGGCAGUGGAGCUUUGACUCAUGCUUCAUAGUGCAGUUCCUGGCCAGUUACAAAGGGUGUCACCGUUGGAAAGCAUGUGUCCUGCAGAGAACACAGCCAUCGUUGCUGGGCGAGUGAUGAGUGAGGAUGCUAGAACAUGCAUCAGAGCCAAGCACCCUAGCCUUAGCAUAAGAAUGUGUAAUGGCCAUUGACAACCAUUGUCCAACCCCAAAUAAAGUUAGCUCUUUUUUCAAAGUACAUCUGCCAAACACUUCAAAGGAUCCAAGUUAGUUUUUCUCUCCUUAAAGCCCAGGUUUGAGCUCUGCUGGUUCUGUACAUCUCUGGCUGCUCUGAAAUACGGUGGUUUCUCAGAAAAACGUGCACUUGCUAUCGGUGUUUCAUUUCUUACCAGCCAGUGUCCUUGUGACAAAACAGAUUAUAUAUAUGUAAUUUCUAGUCAGGGAAAAAUGAACCCAGCUCACGCGUGGGAGUGGGCGGGAGGGUUCCGUUGUCUACCAGGUGGGUUGCUCUGUCUUGAUCCUGAUCUGCACCACACCCCUUGUGUCUGGCUUUACACUUUAUGUUAAACUGCACGGUCUCUUCUUGAGAGCUGUCCACAGUACAAACUCUGACCUGGGCCUUCUGAGGUAGGCAGAGAGCAAGCUUCCAUGUGAGCCUUGCUUGUAGCACAAGGUCAGCAGAAGAGACUUGCGCAGGGUGUGUAGGUCAGCUGGCCAGGCUCUGGGGAAAGAGAUAGCUGAACUGAGUUGCAGGUAUGAUUUGCCCCUUGGUAGACGUGGGCUCUGCAGUUUCCUGGAGUGAGCCUUGAAUCACAUUCACUGAGUGGGACAUUAGUCAUUGCUGAUGUUGCUAGUCAGUUUGGGGAGUGCCAUUUUUGAAGGCUUAUUUCUUAAUCCCUUUCUGUUGGUAUGACAGGCCAAGAAGCACUAUUGAAUCCCUCAUGAUCUUUUGAUUGGGUUACUCUUUUUAGGUAAGUCUGCCGCUGAGGAUUUGCAAUUAUCUAACCCUUGAAUCUCAAGCAGAUAAUGUGCAGAAUGCUUGUGCUCUUGCCGGUACAACAGUCACAUCAGUGUUGGAGGGAGAGAAAUUUCUAGGAUGAAUUGGUCACUGUUGGCUCAUCUUGGGUAGCUCGCUUGGGAUCAUGGGCUUUUGGAAGUAGAAGGUGGCAUACUUGCCUCUUUAAGACCAGGUGAGGCACUUGGGCACAUGCCUCUGUGAGACUUAGCAGUAGCAAGCAAAGUUGAGCUUCUUGGGGAAUGUGUGUAUGUACAAGGGGGGGUCUCAGUCCCCAGCACUUGGACAAGUUGUGCUGAAGCCUACAUUGUGUGACUACCCAUGGACUCGUACCCUGCACUGACAGAAGCGCAUAGGUUAUGGUGUGAGGCUGCAUCUCAUGGGCAUCCUGUAAGCGUUCAUGGCAAGCCUUUAAUAUUACAUUUUAACUCAAAUUGGGACAAAAACAAAAAUAGCUUCUAUUUUUAUAAAUAUACUUUUUUGUUACUGAACCUGAAGAAAAGUAAAACCAUGACUGCUUUGAAGUUUGUUAAUUAGCCUUGUAGUACUUUGAAAACAUUAUCUUUGAUAAUCUUGGCUUUAAUGAAACUCUAAAAUGGUCUCCAGGUUUUACGUGCAUUAAUUAGCAAACUUAAGUGUUAUAGCUCUUUCAUAUUUUCUCUUAUUUAGCCGAAAUGAGGAAUAGAGUUUGAGUAGGAACAUGUUUUUUAUUUUUUAAAUACUUUACCUGUUUCCAAAACAUGAUUUGAAGUAGCUCUUAUUUGAUGACAUGAAGACCUGAUGUUCAUGGAAGGAACAAUCCACUUGGGAGUUAGGUUCAAUAUGAAAAGGGCAAAGACAGGCCAAGUCAUGGAUUAAGCAGGUGAUUUUGAUUUGGAAACUAUGAAAAAGCUGGUUCACAAGACUCAAUGAAACAGCUCCAUGAAAUCUAUCAUGUUCAGUGAGAAAACUGGUUUCUUCAGUAAUCAUCCUAUAUUUUGAUUUAACAUAGUAUUUGCCUAAAUUUCAGCGACAUUUUAUUGUUGUGGGGCAUUCUAGUUCUUGGUGAAAGACUGUAAGCAUCCCCUUGAGGUGAUUAUGUGUAUUGCAGCGACAGUUCUUGCUGCUCUCUUUGGUUAAUGGGCAUUUAGGGAAAGCUGAAAAGGAACCCAGAAUACUUGUGCGUCCUUGUGGUGUCACCCUUGAAGCCAUCAGAGGGAGCUGUUCUGACUUUAGAUGUGGCUCAGCAACCCCUUUGCCUUUUCCCCUCAGUGUUAACGCAAGGAUGAGCACUGACAUUCACUUAUACUGGGCGUGAAUGUACUAAGUAAAGGAUUUCCAGUGACUCAUGUUUAUCAAUUAGUGUUUCAAUUUGUUAGAAACUUUGCACUUCCAAAGAGUGGAGAUUGUCAGCUAUUCUAUAACUUCUUGAAAGCUUUUCAAUGUAAUUAACACUAGAUUAGAAGCUAAAAAGUUAAUACAAUUGCAGUGAUGGGCAAUUGCUCAAAUAUUGGCUUUCUGUAAAAACCUUGUGUUAAAUUUGGGCUAAUUGUAAUGCAUUACCAAUAAAUUUGGCUGCUUGGGCAGUUUUAAUUAGCAUUUUAA